UGUUGUGGUUGACGUGAGCAGGCGUGCUAGUCGAUGCCGGAGCGGCUCGCGCGCUCUCCAGCUGCGGACGAAGACAGGCGCGCCAGCCGAUCCCAGAGCAGCCUGGUCAUGGCUCUGUCGAGAGCACUCAGAUGCUGUCAGAGGAUUUUCUCCUGGAUUCCUGUCAUCAUCAUCUCGUCUGUGGUUCUCUGGUCUUAUUACGCGUAUGUCUUCGAGCUGUGCUUCGUUACCCUCAGCAAUCAUCUGGAGAGAGUGGCGUAUUUGUUGAUAUUCCACGUGUGCUUUAUAAUGUUCUGUUGGACCUACUGGAAGGCCAUCUUUACUCCACCAUCUACUCCAUCUAAAAAGUUCCACUUAUCGUACAGCGAUAAAGAGAGGUACGAGAUGGAAGAAAGGCCAGACGCUCAGAAGCAGAUUCUCGCGGAGAUCGCCAGGAAGCUCCCCAUCUUCACGCGCGCUCAGUCAGGAGCUAUCAGGUUCUGCGAUCGCUGUCAGGUGAUAAAGCCGGACCGCUGUCACCACUGCUCCGUCUGUGAAACAUGUGUUCUGAAAAUGGAUCACCAUUGUCCAUGGGUUAACAACUGCGUGGGAUUCUCCAACUAUAAGUUCUUUCUGCUGUUCUUGUCUUACUCCAUGAUCUACUGCGUCUUCAUCGCGUCAACAGUGUUUCAGUACUUCCUCAAGUUCUGGGUGGGUGAUCUUCCCAAUGGUCCUGCGAAAUUCCACGUACUCUUCCUGUUGUUUGUGGCACUCAUGUUUUUUGUCAGUCUCAUGUUUCUGUUUGGCUAUCACUGCUGGUUGGUGGCUAAAAACAGAUCCACGCUAGAGGCCUUCUCUGCUCCAGUGUUUCAGAAUGGGCCUGAUAGGAAUGGCUUUAAUGUUGGGAUCAGCAGAAACCUCCAGCAGGUGUUUGGAGAGGAUAAAAAGCUCUGGUUUAUUCCGGUGUUCACGAGUCAGGGUGAUGGGCACUAUUUCCCUCUGAGGACCCUCCGUGAAUCUGAGAAUCCUUUAUUGGCCAACGAGGGGAAAUGGAUGGAGGACGGGGGAUCUGAUGAAGAAAGCGCAGAUGAAAAUGGACCUUCAGUCAUUAUUAGGACGGAAUCAUAAUCACUGGAGGGACGAAUACUGACCCUGGCAACCUUUGCUCAUCUGGUUGAACGCUGACACUGGUUUCUUGUUUAUUGCACCAGUGGGAUUUAUCAUCAUGAGCGGUUUAAGAACGCACCGAUCCUUGAAAGAGACGACUGCAUUCCAAACCCUGGGUCUUUCCAGAAAAGCCUGUUUUUAGAGAGCCAAAUCUGUCGGGACCGGUGAAGAUUUUCUCGUAAUGCUGAUUACUUAGAACUCGUGCUGAAUGUUAUCAAGUGUUUUGCUCAUCUUUUCUGAAAACGAGAGCCACAGGACGAUCGCUGGCAUUUCCAGAUGUCAUGGACCUGUUGGACUGUUUAUUAUCACGCUUUGAUGGGAACGGAUGGACGUCUCUGAUGAAACGUGACAUACCAAUAUCUUAGUCGGAGGUAUUUCUAGGAUCUUUUCUUUUUAACUUUUACAUGUCCAGAUCAUACUUCACCCCAAAAACAAAGCGAGAUCGAAUUAAGUCUUUUCAUGACUAUGUUAUUUUAUGAAAACCUUAAAACUUGUGUUUAUAGCUUUUGGUGGUAUUCGCUAUCCUACCUAACCUUUAAUUAAAAGCAGCGCGGCCAACGGAUAUAUGAAUCAAAUAACAAUAAAAAAAAAAAAUCUGAGAUUUUAAUAAGAAUAGCCUUUGAAUAUAAUUACAAUUAUUCAGGUUUCUUGUUUAUCGUGCACAAAAUAGAUUUUGGAGUCAGAUGUGACAUGGACAUGUUUUGAGAGUGCGUGUGUGUGUGUGCGCGUGUGUGUGCGUGUGUGUGUGCGUGUGUGGCGUGUGUGCGCGUGUGUGUG